UCUACACAUAUGAUGCAGACAUGCUUGCACGUAUGCAUGAAAAAAGAAUCCAUAGUUUGUAUGAUUUUCAUCAUUGCAUGCAUAAAUAUUUGUUGAUUAUGAUGGUCAUCACUUUAAUACUUCAAUGAUCAAGAGAACACACACAACACACAGUGCAAAUUGUCUCUAGGACAACAAUUUUGACAGGGUGUUAUUACAUGGGCCUGAAGAGGAUCUUCUCCACCAACUCUACCCUUCCCACAACCACGAUCCGCGGUGGCAGAGCCACGGGAGCCGGCAGGCGCCGCUUGCAUGGCGGCCAAAAAUGCAGCAACCUUAGGAUAACCAUCUUAUGCGGUGUGAUCACUGUUCUUGUCUUCCGAGGCACCAUAGGCAUCUCAUUGUUCUCCUCCUUCCCUGAAACCACGAGAACGAGCCAAAUGGAAGAAACGAAUCGGAUCAUAGCUGAAAUCCGGUCGGACUAUAACGACAACGACAACGAAUCUGUGAUCAGCUCCAAUGACACCUACACUUUAGGCCCCAAGAUCCUUAACUGGGAUGGCUCAAGACAGAAAUGGCUUCAAGAACACCAUGGUUUUCUGAGCCAUGUUAAUGGGAGACCUCGGAUGUUACUCGUAACGGGGUCUCAGCCGAGCCCGUGCAAUAGUCCCAUUGGUGAUCAUUAUCUGUUGAAGUCUCUAAAGAACAAGAUUGACUACUGCAGAGUGCAUAACAUUGAAAUUGUGUACAAUAUGGCUCAUCUUGACAAGGAGUUAGCUGGAUAUUGGACGAAGCUGCCUCUAAUCAGAAUGCUGAUGCUAUCGCAUCCAGAAGUGGAAUGGAUAUGGUGGAUGGACAGUGAUGCAUUCUUCACUGAUAUGUUCUUUGAAAUCCCAAUAUCAAAAUACGAUCGCUAUAAUAUGGUUGUUCAUGGAUAUCCCAGUUUGCUUUUCAAAGAAAAGUCUUGGAUUGCUUUGAACACCGGCAGUUUUCUGAUAAGGAAUUGCCAGUGGUCGUUGAAUUUGCUCGAUUCCUGGGCACCGAUGGGGCCAAAGGGCCGUGUACGUGAUGAGGCUGGGAAGAUUCUGACGGCUAACUUGAAGGGCAGGCCAACAUUUGAAGCAGACGACCAAUCUGCACUGAUAUAUCUGCUGAUCUCAAGAAAAGAUGAAUGGAUGGAUAAGGUGUUUCUUGAGAAUUCAUACUACUUGCACGGGUACUGGGUGGGAUUAGUUGAUCGGUAUGAAGAGUAUAUUGAGAGGUAUCACCCAGGCUUGGGAGACGAGAGAUGGCCGUUUGUGACUCAUUUCGUGGGAUGUAAACCGUGUGGGGGUUAUGGGGAUUAUUCGCUUGAGAGGUGUUUACAGAGCAUGGAGAAAGCUUUCAAUUUCGCUGAUAAUCAGUUGCUGAAAUCAUACGGUUUUAGCCAUAGAGGGCUCUUGAGUCCUAAUGUCAAAAGGAUCAGAAAUGAAACAACUAGGCCUUUGGAUGUUACUGAUAACAUUAACAUAAGAACUUCAAUGUACAGAAGCAGUAUGUCUGAGAAAUAGUAUCAACCUCCGCCUCGACAUUUGAAACGUAGAGGUUCUUGUAGUUUUCUGAUUGAACAUAUGUAUGAUACGUUUGUAUAGUCUGUUCUUAUAAGAUUCAUAUAUAGGACUGGUCGUUCAUCAAUUUUCUAACCUUACGUAGAUUUCUUGACACCCGUUAUAACUUAAUUCAAGAUUUUACCAGACACUUUACAUCGAAGAGCUUUUAC